AUGGAUACCUUCCCUUAUGAGAUCAGGGAAAUAGUGUAUACCGAGUGCGUCAAGGUCCGCGCUCUGGAUCUCCUGUACGCCAGCAAAAGGUUUUACAGCGAAUUCAGUCCUUUCCUCAGAGAAGGAUUCGUCCUAGGCUUCCACAUCGAUCCUGCAGCGCCAGCGACCGAGGUCAAGCUCAUCAACGCGGACGACAACCCAUGGGGCAACUAUUCCACCAUCGAUGCCACCUCAGCACACCCAAACUACGACAUUCUUGAUUGGAUGCCGGUAGACCGCUUCAAAGGGAUCCGGGUCCUAAUCGAUGCACCAGAUAGCAGAGACCCGGGGCAAUUGGUUCGGGGCUGGCUGCAGACCAACCGGCUUGUUGAGGUUUUGCUGCCUCGAUGGGUUGGCCGGUGGUGGCUACCCAGGCGCGAAAUCGACAUCCAUGUCCCGGAAGGCAGAUCGACACGGCGCCUACCACCUUUCACCAUAGAAGUCCGCGAUAGAGGAGAAUUCCGGCAAUGGCAUGAUGGGCAGGCUUGGAAGCAUAGUGUUCCUGACUACAGGGCAUGGGAUCCGGGUACGCAGACGGCGGCUAUCAUGCCCCAGGGGGCCAACUCGGACCUGGAAAUCAUAUUGGCACCUUUCGCACGCAUCAGGGACGCCGAUGCCGUGACGAUUAACCUACCGCGCGAUGCACCUUCGGAAGGCAGGGUAGACGCGCUCAUAGAAGUGCUCAUCGCCUCCGGCAGGCUGCAAAUCCCUUUCGGCCUGAACGUCCCUGACGGAGAGCCGUGGGACAACGAGAGGACGCUCGGCGCCGGAAACACCCUACGCGUGUGGCUCGAUUACCUUCUCGACGAUAUGGCUGGCCCCACGGCCGCUAUGCUGCGGCGCGACCGGUUCCAGUACUGGUGCCCUACCUACGAGUUCGUGAUGGGCCAGUGCUUCCACGGCUUCCAAGAUCGCCGUGACAUCGGCAUUCCCGAGGAGCUUCAGCGCGACGGAAUCGGCAGUGCCCACUGGGUUUUGGACGGGGAUCUCUUCAACCUGAUCGUCGAGAGCUGGCACGACCGCUUCAUGAGCGCGCGGGCGCACUUUGUCGCCGGGUUCCGGGACGCGCUGAGACGGCACGGCCAGAGGGUGUUUGUGGGCCCCAACAUGGAAGCCGCCUACUGGUACUACCGUGAUGAGCUGUCCCAGCGAGGCCUGCUUCGCGCAGAUGUCGUCGGCAACUAUCACACGUUCUGGGAGACGUGCUAUCCGCAAGGCAUCCCCCCAAAAUUACGCAACGAUGAGUGGGAAGACACGACGAACAUUCUUCCGGAGCACUACCGGCUCGUACCGCCCGAACCUCUGGCCGACACGGCCGCCGAAACGUUCCCCAUCCACAUCGGCUCGUGCAACGUCUGCGAUUGUGACGAGGCCAACAUCGAGCACGUCAUGAGCGACCGGCGGGCUCUGCGGAAUUUUCUGUUGCACUCCAAUCGCAGAGCGGAGGUGCCGCGCUUUUUGAGUCCGAUUGAGUGA